AUGGCUAGUUCCAAAAACGGUAGCGUCCUCUCUAAGAAGCGGGCCCCCAACGAUGCUACUGUCUCUUCCCCGAUCAGCGAUAAUUUAACGCAAGAUGGGCGCAAAAGACGGAAAAAACACGAGCUCAGCAGCCUCGGGGUUACUGUUAAUAGUACAAUUUUGAGUGCCCCGAAUGAGUAUAAGAAGCCGCCCGACCCAGUGACCGGUUCUGGUGAUCUUUCGAUCAAAACUAGAACUCAUCAAGGAGAAAAUCAAGAGCAGGCCGCAUUACGCCUAGAGAAGAUGCAAGGUGCUGUGCGAACUUUGCUAGAGUGCAUCGGCGAGGACCCCGGUCGUGAUGGCCUGCUGGAUACACCUUCACGUUAUGCCAAGGCAUUGCUGUUCUUGACCAAGGGCUACCAUAUCAAUGUGGAAGAUAUUGUGAAUAACGCGCUAUUCAAUGAGGGCCAUAACGAGAUGGUCAUUGUGAAAGAUAUUGAUAUAUUUAGCCUUUGUGAGCACCAUCUUGUGCCCUUUACAGGAAAGGAAAGCUCUUCCUUCCCUCGAUGUGUCCUAUACACUCGAUUCUGGGAUAUGCCGGCUAAUUCUCUCUUCUAG